GAGUAGUGCCACUUUUUUCAUGGCCAAUCAGCACAUGUUCGUUCACAACAACGACAGUCAGUCAUGUCUGCUCGUUCUAUACUUCAGCAAGGAAGAAAGAUAUACUAACGUCGCUAGUACUUUCAUAUGAUCCAAGCACAAAUUGACUUUUUCUCUCCUGGUAUCUACGACUCCGUCAUCAAAAGUGGCACACUGGAAGAAAAGGCACGUGCCGUCCAGGCUGCCCAGGUACAUAAUUUUGAUAUCUGUCCGAUUGAAUAUUUCCAAGACUGCGACUUCUCCGUUUUUAAAUAACCAGGCGAAGAGUCUGGAGCAGAGCAUUGGACAGAUCGGUUGGUGUUUCAAGGCGUUCCAGUGUACGAUGUGGUUUUUCUCUACGCUGUUCUACAGCCAGAUCCAGCCAAGAGAACGACUGCGGAUGAUAUUCUGGACACUCAAUAUCUCGAUGUUUACUAGAUUACCCUCUUUGUAUUUAUUGGCUCCCAGAUGAUCAAUCCUUCUUCGGUUUUUA